AAUAACUAUGAACAAGUUGUUUGGUUGAAUGUCGCGAAACAAACUCAUGACGUCGCAGAAUCAGCAGCAGCCUUCCACCGGAGAACUGCGGGGAUCGAGAUAGGUACGCCAUUGUUUGCACUGCAUUGAUUAACGUUCGGAAUUGAGUGGGAUUUAGCUAGGGAAGACGACAAUCGUGCCUCAGAUAGUUCGAUUGUCGUUUCUCGAACAAUUUCUUGGAGCUGGGAGUUUCCAAUUUCCCUCAGGAUAAUGUAUUAGCAUUAGGCAUUUAUAGCAGUUCAAUUAGCAGUGCAAAGAUGACGGCAGCAAUUGCGAGGCCGACGGUUCUCUUCUCGCCGUUGAGCAUUUAUCGAAGAAUUUCUUCCAGUUUCCCUGUGGUUAGGUUCGAAUUAAGUUGCUCGAAAAGCACUUUUAGGGAUUUUGAUGAACACUACUUGAGCAGAAAGUCGAUUAAAUGCUGGGACAACUUUUACAAGCACCAUAGAAAUAAGUUUUUUAAGGACAGGCAUUAUUUGGAGCGAGAUUGGGGCGAUUAUUUUUCUGAUCAUGAUGAUGGAACAAGGCGUGAAGAUGGGAUAGUGCUUUUGGAGCUUGGCUGUGGAGCUGGGAAUACCAUAUUCCCUCUUAUCGCCGCAUUUCCAAAGCUUUGUGUUCAUGCUUGUGACUUUUCUGCCAAGGCUGUAUCUCUUGUUAAGAAAAAUUCAAAUUUCGAUGCAAACCGGAUAAAUUUGUUUGUCUGUGAUGUCGUAAGUGAAGCACUUUGUGACAAAAUCCCACCAUCAUCUGUUGAUGUUGUUACCUUGAUUUUCAUGCUAUCUGCAGUCUCUCCAAGCAAGAUGACAAUUGUGCUGAAUAACCUGAAUAAAGUACUGAAGCCAAACGGUCAUGUUCUAGUUAGAGAUUAUGCUUUUGGAGAUUCUUCUCAAGUGAAGCUAGCAAACCGAAAUCAGAUGAUCAGUGAUAAUUUCUACUAUAGAGGGGAUGGCACUUUCUCAUAUUAUUUCUCUGAAGAAUUCUUAUCGACCCUGUUUCAAAAAGCUGGAUUUGAUGCUGUUUACAUAAAUACAUACUGCAGAGAAGUGGAGAAUCGAUUCCGAAAUAUGACAUUUCAAAGGCGAUGGAUACGGGCCGUUUUCAGAAAGAAUGGCUCCUCGAUUUGUCAAGAUAAUUUGUGAAUUUACACCAGCCCAGAAGCAUUGAUUGGAGUUAGAUAAUUGAGUCUACACGUGUCCUGUGAAACUCUACAUUUAGUAAAAGCUAUUCCACACACUCCCCCCUCCUCCUCUCUCCCAAUCCC